CGUCUCCACGUGCCAUCUUCUUCUUCGUCCUCCCUCUCCUCGGCGUUUCCCAGCCUCUCCGCGGCCAUCACUCUCUGGUUUCUUCGAGCUGUUCAGCAACUCUGGUUUCUUCGAGCUCCUUUGCUGGAUCGAAACCCUAGCUCGCUCUUCAGACACAUCUACGCAUGAUCCUCCGAUAUAUCCCUUCCCUUUUCGAUCCCCAGACGACUCUUCUCCCCCUCAACCGCCUCUCGCCUCUUCGACGGAACCCUCGGGUCCGAGAGGCGCUCCUUCAGACUCGGCGACGGAGGCGGCGGCGGUCCAAGCUCAGCGUCCGCUCCGCGCUCGACGACCUCGUUCGCAACCUCGUCUCCGCCUUCCCCUCCCCGGCCUCCCUUGACCUCCUCCUCACUCCUGCGAUCGGCUUGGCCGCCGGUGCUGCUCUGUACCUCUCUUCACUGCAGAAGGGAACAACUGAUGUCGAUACCGUGGUCGGAGAGUGGGUCAUCUUCACGAGCCCGACGCCGUUCAAUAGGAGCGUCCUCCUCCGGUGCCCCUCAGUAUCGUUCGAGGAUGGCGGCGAGCUCUUGGGUGAUGGUGUUAACGAGAAGCUCCUCACGGAGGAGCGCCACUACAUGAAUCUGGACCGUGGGAGGAUGACUGUUGCGAGAAAGAAGGGGGAAGAGGGACCGGAGAAGAAGAUGCAGUACCAGAGGGUCUGUGUGGCGACCGACGAUGGAGGAGUGAUCUCACUGGAUUGGCCAGUAAAUUUGGAGUUAGGGAUGGAGCAUGGACUGGACACGACAGUGCUAAUUAUACCGGGUACAACUGAAGGGAGUAUGGAUAGAAACGUGAGAGCUUUUGUGUUUGAUGUCCUCCAACAUGGCUGCUUUCCAAUUGUUAUGAAUCCAAGGGGCUGUGCCAGUUCGCCAGUGACAACACCAAGGUUAUUUACAGCUGCUGACAGUGAUGAUGUCUUCACAGCUGUCCGAUUUGUCAGCAUGGCAAGACCCUGGACAACAGUGAUGAGUGUCGGCUGGGGUUAUGGUGCAAAUAUGCUUACAAAAUAUCUUUCUGAAGUAGGAGAGUCAACUGUCCUAACAGCUGCUGUUUGCAUAGAUAACCCAUUUGACUUAACUGAAGUUACAAGGUCAUUCCCUCAUCAUGUUUCUUUGGACCAAAAGAUUAGAAGUGGAUUAAUAGAUAUUCUACGAGCUAACAAGGAACUCUUUCAAGGCAAAGCUAAAGGUUUUGAUGUUGGAAGAGCUUUAUCAGCAAAAUCUGUUCGUGAAUUUGAUGGAGCUAUAUCAAUGGUUUCUCAUGGGUAUCAUACAAUUGAGGACUUCUAUUCAAAGAUCAGCACAAGGAAGUUAAUUGGCAAUCUUAAGAUCCCUGUGCUUUUUGUACAGAGUGAUGAUGGGACCGUACCAACUUUCUCUAUUCCACGUGGUUCGAUAGCAGAAAAUCCAUUUACAAGCCUGCUUCUUUCUUAUUACUUGCCAUCAACUGGUAUCACAACAAAGAAUUCUGCUAUUCUUUGGUGCCAACGUCUUGCUAUUGAGUGGAUAUCAGCAGUGGAAUUUGCACUUUUGAAAGGCCGUCAUCCUCUUUUAAAAGAUGUUGAUGUCGCCAUCAAUCCUUCAAAAGGUUUGGCAUUUAUUGAUGACAGAACACCAGAGAAGAGUAUCUCAAGUGGUGUGAAAGGGACUCAUAAUUCCUCUGGAAUGUAUAUAAGCCAUAAGAGUGCAGAUAGGCAAACUUAUGGGAAGCUUUCCCAACCAAGUCCUGUAAAUGGAUUUCUCAAUGAUUCUGUUGAUAUUGCACUUAAACAAAAUUAUGCUGCAGUUCAAGGUGAAGCUGAUGAUAACUUGGAUGCAAGAAGCAAGUUACAGCAAAUAAAGAGCGCAGAUAAUGAGGGAACAAAAAAUAGCAGAAGUAUUAUGGAUUUCAAGAAUGAAAGUGCAGCUAAUGCCAUAAAUGAAGGAGAUGAUGAUGGAAACAAGGUUUUACAGACUGCAGCAGUUGUCAUGAAUAUGCUUGAUAUUACUAUGCCCAGCGCGCUUGAUGAUGAACAAAAGAAGAAGGUUCUUUCCGCUGUUGGACGAGGAGAAAAUCUCUUGAGAGCUCUUCAAGGAGCUGUGCCAGAAGAUGUACGUGGAAAGCUGACAAGUGCUGUAACUGAAAUUUUGCAAACUCAGGGUACAAAAUUGAAUCUUGAAGGGCUCAAUAGAAUUGAUUGGAUACCUAAUGUUACAUCAAAAGUGAAGUCAAGGAUCCAGGAUUCAAUACAAGAAAUUUCGAUAGUUAAUAGAGGAGAUAAUGAGAGCAAUUCAGGUGUUGACCAUGAGGAGAAAGUGCAAAGUGAUACAGCAGAGUUCAAUUCAGCCAGAAACCGUAUGCCAGAAAGCAUUAAAACCUCAGAACAGAGAACCUCUCAAUCUCCCGGAAUGCUUGAAGCUGGAUAUGAACCAAGCCAAGAUAUUAAUUUGGAAAGGUCAGGUUAUAUGGUAGAUGAAACUGCUGCUGAGCAGCAGAAGAUUAGUCAAAACCAAGGAAUAUCUGAUAGGCACAAUGAAGAUGAUAAAGAUCUGAAUAAUCCAUGUCAAGUCCAUAAUGGUGAAGGGAAAAAAUCAUCUCAUACCGAGGAGCAACUUGUCUCAAUUUCGGUAUCUAAUACUGAAGAAGAGUCACUUUCAUCAGGCAUGUCAGCAUCAGAUCACCAGAUUAUGCCACAAGAAUCCAAUGAACUACAGAAGAAUGAAGACAAAAGUCCUCAAGAUUUGCGUCAAAAUUUACAUAAUUCUACAAAACUGAAUGAAAAUUCUCCACAACAUUCUUCUUCUGAGACCCCUUCUAUCAGUGUUACUCAAGCAUUAGAUGCCUUGACUGGAUUUGAUGACUCUACCCAGUUGGCAGUUAACAGUGUCUUUGGAGUGUUAGAGAAUAUGAUUGAUCAAUUAGAGAAGAAUAGCAACGAAGGAGAUGAUGAUGAAAUGAAGAGAAGUAAAGAUGAGGAGUCUCAAACUCUAUCACCUGGCUUGCCCACCGUCAACAAAGACAAUUACGGGAGGGUAGAGCACAGAAACAAUAAAUCAAGUGAAGGGUCAGAUGUAAGUCUGUCAUCUAAGCAUCUUGAUAGCCAUAUAAAUCAGAAAGAUACUCAGUCUAAGGAGGUUGUGGAAAAUAAAUUGGGAGAAAAUUUGGUUGCUGAUAUCCUCAAAUCAUCUGCAGAAGAUAGUAUUGGAAAAUCUGAAGUAAGUACUUUAGGAUUUAAUUCCUUAAAGAAUAACAGUGUUGGAAAAUUUGGUCCUGUACAAAAUUGUCCGUCACAUAUAGCUAUUAAACCUUACUAUUGGGGCUCACCAUUUGAAGCAUACCUGCAGAAAUAUCUUUAUUCUAAGUUCCCAAGACUAAAACCAUCUGAUUUAGAUUCAACUACUGAUUUAUUCCUUGACCCAGAAAAAGGUCAGUGGAAAAUGCUAGACCAAGCAGGAACUUUCCAUAAUAACCUGGGUGAAGGCGGGAAAAACCAAAAUAUCAGUGGGUACAAUGAAAGCCAGCAUAACUCAGUAAAACACAGUGAUACAGACAACUCUAUUGAGACAUCAUAUGUAAUUUUGAAUUCAGAAUUUCCAGAAUUUGAACAACAAUUAACUGGAAUAUGUGAUAUGAAAGGUGGUUAUAAUGCAAAGGAAGAGGCGGCAUUCUGCUUAGUUAGGGACAGUUUACUUGAUGCUCUGAAAGUUGAAGUUGGUCGUAGAUUGAGCACUUCUAAUUUGAAGGAAAUGGAAAGGGUUCUUGUAGAUGACAUGAAACAAGUUGCUGAUGCAAUAAUCCAAGCAGUUGUUCUGGACAAUCAUUUAAAUUUGAGACUGCUUACAGAGGUUAAUCACCUAACAUUGGUAAAGUUUGGUACAAUAGAAGGAGAACGCACAGUCAAAAUAAUAUCUUCUGCAGUUGAGGAAACCAGCCAGUUGAAGAAGAUCCUUCCAGUUGGUGUAAUUGUUGGUUCACUCUUGGCAUCUUUGAGAAAGCACUUCAAAAUUGCUGCCUCACGUGAUGGUGACCAGAUCAAAGAUAUUGAGCAAGCUGGGAAUGUUCAGGAGACACUUUCAGUUAAAGAUGUUAACACCAAGAAUGAACUUCAUGAUGACGAGAAAGUUCAUGCUCACGAUGACUCAGUUAGUGGGAACCAAAAUCUUGCCAAAGUUAGUUACAAUGAUGAUGGAGUCAUGAUUGGAGCUGUUACAGCUGCCUUGGGUGCAACCGCUUUAUUAGCACACCAUCAGCAGAGGGACACCUACAGUAACGGUCAAGCAAUGGAAGUUCCUUCGAGGGAAACUAUCGAGAAGGGCUCUCAAAAUGAGGAGCAUGAUAGGCCUGAGGUGGCAACACAUGAGAAGAUCCCAACUAAUAUAAUGUGCAACCUAGCCGAGAAGGCAAUGUCUAUUGCUGGACCUGUAGUACCUAUGAAGGAUGAUGGGGAAGUGGAUCAGGAAAGGCUGGUCACUGUUCUAGCAGAACUAGGACAAAAGGGUGGACUGUUGAGAUUAGUUGGUAAAAUUGCUUUGCUGUGGGGUGGUAUACGUGGUGCUAUGAGCUUGACCGACAGGCUUAUCUCAUUUUUGCGUAUUUCCGAGCGCCCCUUGUUGCAGAGGGUUAUCUGGUUUGGCUGCAUGACUCUUGUAUUAUGGUCUCCAGUGGUGGUCCCCCUGCUUCCGAUGCUUGUGCAGAGUUGGACAACGAGGACAUCAAAUAAAUUUGCUGAAUAUGCUUGUGUUUUAGGUCUCUAUGCUUCUAGUAUGAUCCUUGUUGUACUUUGGGGUAAAAGAAUACGAGGAUAUGACAAUCCCCUUGAACAAUAUGGACUGGAUUUCACAGCACCCAGGGCCCUUGGUUUUAUGAAAGGUUUGGUUGGAGGAAUGGCAAUUGUGAUGUCUGUACAUUCCAUAAAUGGGUUACUUGGAUAUGCAAGCCUCGCUUGCCCUUCAUUUUCCCCUUUGUUUCGGGCUGAUCCUGUAUUGUUGCUGAAAUCAUUUGUCAACAUGCUACUUAAAGGUGUUCGAGGGAUUAUAACAGCAGCUGGUAUUGCUCUUGCUGAGGAAUUGUUAUUUAGGUCAUGGCUUCUGGAAGAAGUCGCUGUUGAUCUUGGGUACUACCGUGCUAUUGUGAUAUCAGGCAUUGCUUUUUCUCUAAUUCAUGGGUCCCUCCCUUCAGUACCAGGUUUCUUGCUAUUAUCUUUGGCACUUUUUGGAAUUAAGCAAAGAUCUCAGGAUAAAAUCUAUGUCCCAAUUGGAAUACGCUCUGGGAUAAUGUUUACCAAUUUUACUUUGCAAACUGGUGGCUUAAUCAGAUACAAACUUGGAACUCCUCCUUGGUUAAUUAGUACUCAUCCUCUGCAUCCAUUUGAUGGUGUUGUUGGCCUUGGUGUAUGUGUUCUCUUGACUAUUCUCUUCUUUCCAAAGCAACCUCAGCAAAAGAUAUGUUCAAAGGAUAAUCAACAACAGAAUGGAUGAACAUGGUAACCAUAUUAAGGGGAUUUGUUGGCUACUAAUUGCAUAAAUAGAAAAGCUUGGAAGAGUAACCUGUGCAUAAACACCUUGUUACUUUGUAGAAAUGGAACAAAGGUUGGUGGAAAUGCUGAAAUCUUCUCUGAAGUUGUCAUGGCAACAAAAGAAGUCUUAUGGUGUGUGGGCUGCUUGUGUAUUCACUGGAAAUGGGGCAUCAAAGUGAUUGAUAUUCUUGCUUUUGUUCUUGACAAAUAAGGCUCCCAUGUGAUAUGUUUAUGCCAGCAUAAUCAGCAGUCAAGUUUUGUGGGAAGCAGUUUCGAAAGACGAGUUACAGAUUGUAGAUGUCAAUUAUAACAUAAAUAUAUGAGAUUGUAGAUUGCGGCACUGCCUCAAUUGCAUUUACGUUGUUACUCUCAGUAUCUAAUAACUGCCUGAUUGCACAGUUGUCUUUUGAACAGUGUCUCUGAUAGAGAAGGAUACAAGUGUUUGGAUCUACUUUAGCCUCAAAUUAGUUGUACUUGUAAGGUUGUGAAGUGCAUGUUCAAAGUGUGAAUCUAAAGAUGGACAAAGCUAUUCUAGUAUUAGCAUCCAAAAUUGUUUUUGUUGGUUGCUAAGAGACAGGGACAUGUAUUUGACUGAAGUGUAGAAAGUCAUUGUAUUGGCCAUGUGGAUAGGGUUCAGCAACAAUUGUCUAAUGAGCAUAGAAUUGUUUACAAUUAUCUCAUGGAUGGUGUGGUGCUCAUUGCAUUCAUAGUGGUAGGCUGAAGUUACAGAGCAUGCAGAGAUUUUAUGAGGGACGGAAGGUAGCAGUUUUGCUAUAUGAUUGAGGCUUCUGCUUUGGCUAUUGGUAUACUGUGAGAGUUGAUAAGAUGUUCUUUGAGGUUGAUGUAGUUGUGACUCGUCAAUCUAGGGUACAACUGGUAGGUUCUCAAAGGCUAGAUGGCAAUGAAGGGGUACCUUAAUGAAUUUUCUCAUUGUUUUUCACCUAGUGAGGAUACAAGUAAUCAUCAAGUAAUCUAAUAUAAAGUUCUAAACAUGCAUUUUCAGACAUCUAGUUAGCUUCUCUACUAACAGCUAGCAAAAACUCAGACAGAUCAAUUUAUAUGUUAUUCCAACCAAGUGAGUGUGCCGUUAAGCCACAGUUAUUACAGACUGAAGAAUGAGAAUAAAGCAGCCAUGACAAAGUCAAUGAUCACUUUGUGGAAGCACAUGCUGUCCUCCAUUGAUCUCACGAAGUGUGGGCUUCUAAUGCUGUUCAAGUCAGGUAAAUUUUACCGAAGUUGUUCUUAAUACAUUAAAGCUUUAAAAGUUAUGGCUGUAACGAUGUUUACCGAUCCAUAAUGUAGUUUGUUGCAAAGAUCUUUUCUAAAGAAUGGUCACAUUGCCAUAUCCUUGAUGGACUACUUCCAAGUAUAUGCAUGCAUGAAAAAUAAUAGACUGUAGCCUAGUUCAACUUGUGAUCGGAGAUGUUGCUGCAUCACAGAAAGUGGAUAUGGCAACUUCUCCAAUGUUUGUCCAUUAGAUGUGGAACAGUUAGUGAGACGCCAAGUCAAAGAAUUUUAUGUUUUAGCUGCUGGAUUGAUCCCUUCGGUAUCCUGUGAAUUAAUCCAAUAGGAUCUACAUUUGGUCUAGUGAAAACAACAUAUCAUGUUGAACUUGGAAGCAGGAUUAUAAUUUCUGUGGAUUGUUGGCGGGCAAAGCGAGGGUUCCACAUGGCUUGUCAGAAAGGAGAGAUUGUUUUUGUAUUUUGAGUCAUGAUCACAUAGGAUAUGCUAUGCUGCCUGUUGGUGCAAAGGAUCUAUGCCACAAAGCAGUGGAAGUGGUGGCUUUCUUUGAGCAAUAACCUAGACUGCACCUGAGGACGAGUCUCAGAAUCCUGGAAAUUUUAUCUGUGGUUUCUUGGUCUCAGUUCAAGAUCAGUUUGCAAAUGGUGAACCUGACUCUCCUAUUAGACUUCUCAUACUAUAGGCUAGAUCGAAGUCUGAAGAUUAGGAGGUUACUGGGGUUCAUGCUCUCUAGAGUUUCCUCAUAAUUCGUUCUCAUGGCUUGAUGAUAUUGUCACUUUUUAUCAUAAUAUUUAUGGACACUUUAUGCUGCAUUCAUUAUGUCUUGUUAUUGCUUUACCUUUUGCCUAAUCUGAAGAUUUUAAGGAAUCAUGCCCAUUCUACUCUUCAAUUUGUUGAUCUAGUCCAAGGAUACUGGGCAUGAUAUAAUAGUUAAUGGAGCACAUGAAGUAUUUAACCUGAACUAAAUAGUUAUAUUUAUUUCAUAUUAUGAUGAGAAACAACCAUCAGCAUUUGAGACUAUAAAUAUAUGGAUAUCAAUGUCAUGCAUAUUUAUUUAAAGCACUGACUAGAUUAUUUGUUUAAAAAACACUGAACAAUACACUUCCAUCACAAUUUUGAUAUGAUGAGAUCUUGUUCAUGUACACUAACAUUCCAGUGUUUCUCUUACAUUCCAUAAUAUUAAAUGCACACAUAGAUAAUCUUGUAUAGGUUAAUUUUUUGGAAUAAAGUAAAGAAACUUUCUAAUUUCCAUGCACACCCCCAUCUCUUUCACAAGUCUUUCUUGCUUCUCUAUAGGAGCAAUAUAAAUAUAACUAUAGACAUAUACUAUUUAUACUUAUCGAAGUGCUAGCUUAUUCCCUAUGGUUUGUUUGUAACUUUGUAAAAAUAGAAAACCUUGUUUAUCAUGCAAUAUUGAAGAUAGAAUUAAAGGCUUGGUCAAGGUUUCACCUGCCUACCUCCAACUUCUCACCAUUUUCUCUUUGAGUUGUCCAACUAAUUUGUGUUGCAGCUGCAGUGAAAAAUGAGUCGAUGCCUUUUACAAUGAAAUAGAUUGGUCAGACCAGGUGAAAAAUAAGCCCAAAGCUUCUGUUAGAGAAUCCCUCACUAUGUUUAUGAAAUCAUGCAGUGUGCUUUAAUCUCUCUCCGUCUCUCCAUGUGUUGGGUAGAAUCCCCUGAUGGUGAAGCAUGAAGAGCUUUGAGCAAGCCUAAGUGUAUGAUAAAGAGGUGGCAUUCCUUGAGCCGCCGGAUCAUGGGCACCACCCGCUCCACAGGUGGCAGCAAGUCUCAAGGAGCUAUCAGGAUGAACAUGCCUGGCGAUCGACAUCAUCCCAUAGGGACAGACCCAACUGGGUUCCAUCCCGGAUGGCUCAUGAGCCCCAAGCACACUGAGCAUCUGCAGUUUUGCAUUCUCGUCAAGAGUUCUAGUGGGCACAGAGGAGCCAUCGCCGGCACGUUGGAUUCGGAGAUGGCGCUCUUCGAGCACCUUCUGUGGAUGCUGGAGUAUGCCAAUUCUCGGUUCAUUGGACAAGUUGGCUGAGUCCAUCUUUUAGUGCUGACACAUGAGGAGAGGAUCAAUGUGGAUGACCUGAUCCGUGCCAUAGAUGGAACUAUCAGACAUAAAUGCAACAUAGCCAUAUUAUCAUUCUUAAUGUGGUCCAAAAAUUAAUACAAUGUGAUGAUUAACCUGUUCUAAUUAUCUUGAAGAGCGUGGUUGUGUGUGUCCAUGUUUAAUAAUGUUGUAUUACAAUUCUGUAUACUUUUACAAUUCUGUAUACAAUUCUCGUACCUUUUACUGUGACA